AGGUGGGCGUGGGAAAGGGAGUGGCAGAGGUGGGCGUGGGAAAGGGAGUGGCAGAGGUGGGCGUGGGAAAGGGAGUGGCAGAGGUGGGCGUGGGAAAGGGAAUGGCAGAGGUGGGCGUGGGAAAGGGAGUGGCAGAGGUGGGCGUGGGAAAGGGAGUGGCAGAGGUGGGCGUGGGAAAGGGAGUGGCAGAGGUGGGCGUGGGAAGUGAGGAGAUGUAGAGGUGAGUGCAGGCAGAAGAGACAGAGGUGUAAGUAGGUAGGAGACAGAAGACAGAAUGUCUUGGACUGUACUCACCCUUUUUCUUGUGCAUCAAGAUGCUACCUUUGGUAGU